AUGUCUCAACAGGCGACUCCGGGCCGCAUAAAAUCAUCUCGGCAUUUCAUUGCUGGACUGGGUUCCGGUGUUGCAUCGGCGGUGCUGCUGCAACCGCUUGACCUACUCAAGACUCGUGUUCAACAAUCUGGCCACCGGUCACUGACGUCGUAUCUCAGGGAGGUUGCCGCUACCCCCAACAAGAUCCAGACGCUCUGGCGCGGUACAAUCCCAUCAGCCCUUAGGACCGGCUUCGGUUCGGCCCUCUACUUCACAUCCCUCAACUCCAUCCGCCAGCAUGUAGCCCAGUCGCGCUUAUUGAGCCAAGCCGCUGGCAACAGAGCAGCACACUCGUCCUCACUACCGACGUUAACCCCAUCGGCCAACCUGGUCGCCGGCGCCGUCGCCAGGACGUUUGCCGGCUUUGUCCUCAUGCCGUUGACCGUCAUCAAGGUUCGAUAUGAAUCCAAUUUGUAUUCCUACAAAUCCCUGCUCGGUGCGUCUUCCGACAUCUACAGGACACAUGGUCCGCGAGGCUUCUUUGCUGGCUUCGGUGCUACCGCCGUCCGUGAUGCACCGUAUGCGGGCAUGUAUGUGUUGUUCUAUGAGCUGCUCAAGAAGCAGCUCAGCAGUCUGUCUACUCGAAAAGACAGCAACCCGAAUCGCCCCAUCGCCAUUACAACAUCACAUGCAACGCUAGUCAAUUUCAGCUCUGCAGUCAUGGCGGGUGGAGCGUGCUCCGUUAUCUCGAAUCCUUUCGAUGCUAUCAAAACUAGGAUUCAACUACAGCCGGCUGUCUACAGGAACAUGUAUCAGGCUUGCCACAAGAUGAUUUCGGAAGAAGGCGUUCGGUCACUUAUGGAUGGUGUUGCGCUCCGCAUGAGCAGAAAAGCAAUGAGUUCAGCCUUGGCCUGGACUGUAUAUGAAGAAUUGAUGAGAAGAGCUGAACGUACUUGGUCCUCAAACUUGACGACGACAACGACAGCGGAGCCGUAG